UUCUACGUCAACUUGUAUGAAUUGGUGAGUGCUUGGUUUCCUGUAUGAAUACUUAAUGCAAACCACGUGGUGUGAAAGCAGACUGCAGCUUCUUUUGUUCAAAUCAAUCAAACCGGAGACGGCUAGAGAGCUGCUGAAUCAGGAAAUCACCGCUCUGAUUGAAAAAUGCCACGCAAGAAGGUGACAGAUGUCUCAGGGAAUGGUGGGAUGAAAAAAAAGAGGACCAGUGGCAAAAGGAAAGAGAGGGACUUCAGCAGUGACGAUGAGUUUGACUACGAACAGGAGAACAACAAGAAACCUGGCAAGCCUGCUGCCAAGUCUGGUCUCCAGCCUGUCACUGUGGCAGAUGACGUCAAAGAGAAAAUAAAACUUGAGGGCUCAAAGGUAAAAGGUCAACUGCUCAUCUUUGGAGCAACCAACUGGGAUUUGAUUGGAAGAAAGGAGGUGCCCAAACAACAAGCUGCUUUCCGCAACCUGGGCCAAAAUCUAUGGGGUCCUCACCGCUAUGGCUGCCUGAAUGAUAUUCAGGUUAGCUGUGUGGUGUCAGGUCCCUGUGCUGCACACAGUCUUCUCGUGACCACUGAGGGCAAGCUGUGGAGCUGGGGUCGUAAUGACAAAGGUCAGCUGGGACACGGGGACACCAAGCGUCUGGAGGCUCCCAAGUUAAUUGAGGCGCUGGCGGAUCAUGUGAUUGUUGCUGCGGCCUGUGGACGCAAUCACACCCUGGCACUCACAGAGGAUGGCACUGCAUACUCUUUUGGUGAGAACAAGCUAGGCCAGCUUGGCCAAGGCAACCAGACUGAUGCAGUCCUCAGCCCAGCACCAAUUUCCUACAAUGGCCAGCCCCUGGUGAAGGUGGCUUGUGGUGCUGAAUUCAGCAUGGUGGUCGACUGCAAAGGAAACCUAUACUCCUUCGGCUGCCCAGAGUACGGACAGCUUGGUCACAACAGUGAUGGGAAGUUCAUAGCUCGUGCCCAGCGCAUUGAGUUUGAUUGUGAACUCAUUCCUCGCCGUGUCGCCAUUUUCAUUGAGAAGUCCAAGGAUGGCCAAAUCAUGCCUGUGCCCAAUGUGGUGGUGCGAGAUGUGGCCUGUGGGGCUAACCACACGCUGGUGCUGGACUCUCAGAAGCGAGUGUUCAGUUGGGGUUUUGGUGGUUACGGGCGUCUGGGUCACACGGAGCAGAAGGACGAGAUGGUUCCCCGACUGGUCAAACUGUUUGACUUUCCUGGACGCGGUGCCAGUCAGAUCUAUACAGGCUACCAGUGCUCCUUUGCUGUCAGUGAGAUGGGUGUGCUGUUUUUCUGGGGCGUGACAAAUACCUCCAGAGACUCAACCAUGUACCCCAAAGCUGUGCAGGAUCUGUGUGGCUGGAAGAUCCGCAGUUUGGCAUGCGGGAAGAGCAGCACCAUUAUUGCUGCAGAUGAGAGUACGAUCGGCUGGGGCCCCUCGCCCACAUUUGGAGAGCUGGGAUAUGGAGACAACAAACCCAAAUCCUCCACCACUGCUCAGGAGGUCAAAACCCUGGAUGGUGUCUAUGUUGAGCAGGUGGUGAUGGGCUACUCUCACUCUCUGGUUAUUGCCAGACAGGACACUGAGCAGGAACAAGAGAGACUGAAAAAGCUGCCUGAGUACAACCCCCGAACAAUCUGAUUUGGCCUCCAACAUCAACACCUCAACCUUUUUCACCGGAGCAGAGACCAGCAAUGCUCAGCAGGAACACCUGGCCUGUUUAGUCACUGCUGGUGUAUUAGCGGGAUGGUUGAGUUCAGGAGGGAGGCGCUCACAUGUCCGAAGGAUAUCCAACAUCUCAACUACCAGCACACUGGCUCUACACCAAUUUGGACACUGAAAUCAGAGACUGGAGACGGACAGAUUCUCUGGAUGGUCCAGGUCUCCCAAUGAAUGGUCAAGAUAUCACUUCCCACCUUGAGUGAACCUGCAACAGUUUGCUCCAUGCACUUCACACCUAGUAGAGUCGUGCCUCCCAAAACCCCUUUUCCAAUUUGUACUACAGCCAAACAUUCAUGUCUUGUUCUGUUGUUGUUUUCUUUGUUGCAGUAUAUGAAAUGUUUGUCACAUUUACGGGUGCUACAACAGGACCCUCAGUCUUUUCCUACUGAGGGCUUUUCAAAGACCAAUACUCCAUUCCUGUGCCUUUUUCUACGUGUAUGUUCAGGAUAUGGAAGUGUUCAGAGGAUCAGUCGAUCCCUCUGAUUUAGUGUAUAUGGCAGCAUGAGCAGUUGAGUGUGCAGCUGCCAGAGAUUACAAUCAGGAUUUGGUAUGUGAUAUUCUGAGUUAGUGCACUCCACUCAAUGGUUACAUUCCUUUUGUUAUCUUGUUCAGUGUUUGCAUCAAGGAUGCACACCUCAGUCCUUUUUAGACCACAGUGUCUGCUAGAUCUUGUCUUUGCUAAUUUGAGUAAUAUUAGCUAUUCUAACGCUUAAAGCGGUUUCACAAGCAGGUCAGAACUUUUAGAACCGAUAAUGCACUGUUUUGAAAUACACCAAGGUCUGCUGGAAAUGAAGGCAUGUCCUUGAUUUAAAACAGCAGAGGUAUUUUCCUCCUACCUGUACUGCAUUCUUUUUUAUGGUGAAAUUUCUCUGGGUUACUUUGGGUUUUUUUUCAUUGAAAUGGUUAAAUAAAGAUCCAUGUGAACUGA